AGAGCGCUUUUGGUUUUUGGCUUUGUUUGUUGCUUGUGUUCUUCGGGAUUUCUUCUGGUUUCGUCCGGGAGAGGAGAGGGAUUUUGCUUCUUUCGGGGCUCUUGGGUGUUUCUCUCUCGAUCGCGAUCGUGCAUGCUGCUAGCUUCUCCGCCGCAUUGCUCGCUCCACAGCUCUGCGCCUUCUUGAUCCGCCUCCCAUUCCCUCGCCUCUGGCGGAAAGAUUACCGCGGCAGCUCUCUUUCCUCCGCUCCCAAUUCCGCCCCGCGAAUCUUUCUCCAUCGGCAAAGCAGCAGUGUGAUCGGUCGAUCUUCGCCUCUCCCGUUUCUUGGUUUUCUUUGAAAGAAGAAAGAAGAAGCCACGAAGCGAGCUCUCUUUUUGUCUUUGGAGGAGGCGCGCGCUGUGCUGCUCUCUCUGUGCUGUGCUGUGGCCGUGCUGUGAUCGAUCGCGCGACGACAUAUCCAAGAUUUCCUUGGCCAAGGCACAUUUGUCGCUUGUGAUAGCUCUUGUCACUCUCGCAGCUCUCGGCUGCCACUGUCUUGUUCCUGAAUCGUCCUCGUCCCUCUCUCCGCAGAAGAAUAUAGAAGCUCUCUCGCACGCUUGCUCCAGUUCCUCCGCCUCCUCCAUCUUUGCGAACUGCGCUAGCUCUCCAGGCCUCCGCGCGGCAUCUCUCCGAAUUCUCGGGAGUGACAAUGUACGACAUCUCCAGCCACGCCUCGACGGCAUUCCAGCUCAUGGGAUCCGGCGGCGGCGGCCACUGCCACGGCGCGCUGAGCGCCAUGGAGAGGGUGGAGCGCAUGGUGUCGGAGAACGCGGUGGUGAUCUUCAGCAUGAGCAGCUGCUGCAUGUGUCACGUCGUCAAGAGCCUGCUGUGCAGCCUGGGCGUGAACCCGACCGUGUACGAGAUGGACGAGGAGAGCGAUGGUGGCGACAUGGAGGAGGCCCUGGCCCGGAUAAUGGGCGACUCGCAGGUCGUGCCCACCGUCUUCAUCGGCGGCAAGCUCAUCGGGGGCCUUGAUCAGGUGAUGGCGGCCCACAUCUCCGGCUCGCUCGUGCCUCAGCUCAAGGAGGCCGGGGCGCUCUGGUUAUGAGCGAGUUAGGAGUGAGAGGAGGAUCAUCCAUCGUCGAUCGAUCAUGGAGGAGUCGGAAGUGGUUUCUAGUUCGCUCAAAUCUUUCUAGUUUCCUUUACCUUCCUCUCUCUCUCUCUCUCUCUCUCUCUUUCGAGUCACGGAUCUAGAGCGCCACGCAGCGAGAGAAUUUAAGCAUCGUAGCUUCUUGUUUUUUGUUUCUAAAUUCCCUAGAGUUUCUUUCAGUAUAAGAAAAGUUGUCUCUUUUCCCUUCGUUCGUCUCGUCCACCAUCUUUGGCCUUCGUUUCAUCGUUUCUCUCUUUGUAUCCCAAUCAAAGACUUGUGGGUCUCGCCAGUCAGCUCCUGGACGCACAAUCCAGCACGAAACGACAAUUAUCUCGACCGUUCCAGCUCUCCGCCCGAAAGUUCCGGGUCGAUCGAAGGGCAAUGUCGAAGCUAGGAGGAUCAAGAACAAGAAUUGAAAAGAUGCUGUUGCGUUGGUCGGACGGAAGGGCUGAUGAGCUCAGUCCACAACUCGAGUGUCGUUUUUGCUUGUGUAAAUGUUUCAUCAUCAUCAACCAACAUAUCAUCGCUAUCAUCAUCUGAAGCCAAGGAAAAAAGGAAAAAAAAAAAAAAGAAAAGGAGAAAAAAUGCAUGAGAAAAAAAGAAAAAACUAAAUAGGCUAAUGUUCUUUCAGAUUCUCAGUCGCUGUG